AAGAAGAACAUAGGAAUAUUGCGUAUUACGGAUGCGAUAAAUUGACUUGACUUCGAAGGUUGGAAUAGACAGCAACAGGUAGCCGAAGAGAGGGUCUUCAGCAUUUAACCGGAUCGUUCGACAGAGGACGAAUUUACCAUGUCCUCCAACAACAAUUUUUCAUCAUUUGAUGAUGAGAAUGAAUCAAAAUUUAUGAGGAAAGCAAAGGAGUCGCCGUUUGUCCCAAUAGGCAUGGCAGGAUGUGCUGCAGUGGUAGCCUUUGGUCUGUGGAGGCUGAAGUCACGGGGGAACACAAAGAUGUCAGUCCACCUCAUCCACAUGCGUGUUGGAGCUCAAGGCUUUAUAGUAGGCGCAAUGACAUUAGGGGUGAUCUACUCCAUGUACAAAGAAUACAGUGCCCACAAGGACCUGGGUAAAGACAGCAAGUGAGCCUACCAGCCAAUCAGCAACUGGCUUGACCAGAGAACGCAUCAAGCCUGCCAUUCCUGCAUUGUACUUUUUGAAAUAGAAGUCCUAGAAUGGAUCAUAUCUGUCAAAGUAACAUUCCAUUGAUGGCAAGUCAUUUAUACUGAACAAACAUAUGAAUGCAACAUGCAACAAUUUCAAAGAUUUUACUGAGUUACAGUUCAUAUAAGGAAAUCAGUCAAUUGAAAUAAAUUCAUG